GCGUUACUCGAAAUCGUUAUCCUAUUCAGCUACGGUGUUCCACCUCAGUCUUUAUGCACUGACAGUUAGCGAGUGAGUGACUCAGUGAGUUAAAAUGGCUCCGAUUCCGAACGAGUUAUCCUCUUCAUCAAUGGCGGAGACUUCAAAACCCAACUUCGUCCCCAACUGCGGCACAUUGCUAUUAUCUUUCCCCAAAUUCGCGCCAUUUCUCAAAGCUUCUUCUCCAUCGGCAACUUCAUCAUCUUCCAGAAAGCCCAAUUUCAUUCCUCCAGACAUUUUCGCCAUUGCUCAAAAUCUUCACACCUCAGUUCUCUCCGCUGCUCAUAACUCUCUCCGAAACCUCCAUUCAUUCGCUUCUCAGAACCCUCUUCUCAACAAAUUGCUCUCUCUAAACUCCUUCCAUCAGAUUCGUGGUAGAAGAAACUAUCGCUGUGUUAAUUCGAUCUCUGCACACAAUUUCGCCGCCGUUCUGCCCGGAGAUUCGGUGGCCGGACUCGUGGUGGCCAAUGGUUUAUCCAACUUCCUUAAUCUCUACAACACGGUGUUGAUUGUGAGACUCGUCUUGACAUGGUUCCCCAACGCUCCUCCCGCCAUUGUUAGCCCUCUCAGCACCAUAUGCGAUCCUUACUUGAACAUAUUCCGGGGAAUCAUCCCUCCACUUGGGGGUACACUGGACCUGUCUCCCAUUCUAGCAUUCCUGGUUUUGAACGCCUUUACCAGCACGGCCGCUGCUCUUCCGGCUGAGCUACCGGCAACCGAGCUGCCAAACCAGGAGAGCUCUUCUUCUCCGGCGAGAUAUUCCCAUGUCACUACUACCUCGCACAAGAAAUGGUUGAGGAGGGUUCAGGGUCAUGGCAGUGGAAUCAGAACGAAGAGUUCUAGCGAUUCCCAUUAGCUUACAAGUCCUUUAAUGGGGUUUGCUUUUUCAUCUGUUCACUGUUUAAUUUCUAGUUAUCUUUGCCCAAUUUGUUUUGGUAUGAAAUAUUAAUGGCUUCUAUUUCUUUAAAUUAUACAAGAGCAUCACUACUUUUCCUGUUACAUUAUUGUAUUUAUAUACAUAUGUAUAUGCAUGCUUUUUAUGGAUAUGUAAGAAUUUUGAAAAAUCA